AUGGAUGAGAAUUCCACACUAAGUGCGCGCAAGUUAUUUUACUUUCGCAUUUUAGCGCAAAAACUCCUGGCAUCUGGGAACCAGUCCAUGCUGCCAUACGAUAACGGUACUGACUCUCAGCUGGAAAAUAACCUGGACCUGGACGUGAACACGGAUAUCUACUCCAAAGUCGUGGUCACCGUGAUAUACAUCGCACUCUUUGUGAUAGGAUGUGUGGGGAACUCUAUAACACUAUACACUUCACUCAUGAAGAAGUCUUUACAGAACCUGCAGAGCACUGUGCACUAUCACCUUGCCAGUCUCGCAGUAUCCGACCUCCUAAUUCUCGUUUUGUGCAUGCCUAUCGAGCUGUAUAACUUCAUUUGGGUCCACCAUCCCUGGGCAUUCGGAGAAGCGGUCUGUAGAGGCUACUAUUUCCUAAGAGACGGUUGCUCUUACGCCACUGUGCUCAACAUUGCCAGCCUCAGCGUCGAACGCUACAUGGCUAUUUGCCACCCGUUCAAAGCUAAGAGUAUCAUGUCUCGCAGCCGCACCAAGAAGCUGAUCAGCGGCAUGUGGGUAGCAUCGUUCCUUCUGGCCACACCGAUGCUCUUCACUAUGGGUCAGCAAAACGCCGGAAGUGAGAAGAUCUGCACCAGCAUCGUGUCCCCCGUAACGACCAAGAUCGUACUGCAGAUAAAUGCCUUCUUGUCCUUCGUGGUUCCCAUGGUAGCCAUCUCCGCCCUGAACGGCAUCAUCGCGAGCCAGCUGCUGCGCAUGUUCCGGCAGGCUGCGCAGGACAGCCACGUGUGCAUCAUCGGGGGAAAUCCCACCAUGCUGAGCGUCAGCGUGGAGCCCAACCGGGCCCAGUCUCUGCAGCAUGGGGUCAUGGUCCUACGUGCUGUGGUCCUUGCCUUUGUGGUGUGCUGGCUACCCUACCAUGCCCGACGCCUCAUGUACUGCUAUGUCACCGAGUGGACAGAUAGUCUAUACGACUUCUACCACUACUUCUACAUGGUGACCAAUGUGCUGUUCUAUGUUAGCUCUGUUGUCAACCCAGUCCUUUAUAAUCUGGUCUCCGACAAAUACCGGCAGGUAUUUUUCUCUACUUUCCGUCGCCUGUACCUGCCCUGCCACCACAGGAAGCAAACCCGUGUCCUCACCAGGCACUCUAACAGUAUCUCCAGCAACCACACCAUGUCCACCAACAUCAUCAAGGAGACAGUGUACUGA